AUGCCUUCCUUGCGGCGAGAUCGAGUGUCCAAGUCUGAACCUUUUCAGAGUAUUGGAUUGGAUUAUCUAGGACCCAUUUUGGUAAAGGAAGGACGUGAACGUGUAAAAUUCUGGGUCUGUCUAUUCACUUGUCUUGCAAUUGGAGCAAUCCAUCUCGAAUGGGUUAGAAAUCUAACAGCAAGCCAAUUUCUUUGUUGCUUUCGACGAUUUGUUGCCAGGAGAGGCAAACCACGUCAUAUUAUAUCUGACAACGCCUCUCAGUUUAAACUAACAGCAAAGGUUUUGGAUCGUCAGUGGCCACAGCUGAUUGACAGUGAUGAAGUACUUUACUAUUGCUCAUCAGAAAAUAUCAGCUGGAAAUUUAUUACCGAAGCUGCUCCUUGGCAAGGUGGAUUCUAUGAACGUUUAGUUGGACUGGUGAAACGAGCUCUUAGAAAGUCGAUAGAUAGAAAACUACUUGAUUGGGACGAAUUGGCAACUCUUUUCACAGAAAUCGAAGCUAUUAUAAACACAAGACCUCUGACAUACGUGUUUGAAGACUUUGAAUCAGGAUUUCCAUUAACUCCUGCUCACUUCUUAUCUCAUCACGCACAUCUUGGACCUAAUAGAGACACUUCCUAUGCGUUGGAAAGAAAAUGGAGACAAGACCAGAAGCGACUCGACAUCUUUUGGGAUCAUUGGCAUAAGGAGUAUUUACUGAGUUUAAGGGAAACAUUGCCAUUAAGACACAAAGGUGUUAGGUCUGCAAUUAACUCAGUGCCUCAAGAAGGCGAGGUAGUUCUUAUUAAAGAACAAGACACUCCGCGUGGUACUUGGAUGAUGGGAAGAAUUGAAGAGACUAUUGUGGGAGGAGCUAGUAAUGUUCGUUCUGCUAAAGACGCUGACAAGGACGCUCAUACGAGCGUCAGCGAAGACGCUGGCGCUGGACCAUUCAAGCCCGGUUCACACAUGAGAUUAUCGGGCGCGUAUCCAGGAUUUUCUGGAUGA